AUGUGGCUGGACUACUCUAAGUACAAGACGAACGGAACUUCUGGGUCUGAGGAUAAUGAAGACGCUGCUGGGUCUGUGGACGAGGACAUGUUGGAAGAUGAUGACGAUGAAGAGGCUGCGCCAGUGCGACCGUACGUGGCUCUUCUUCAAGGGUUCACGGAUGAUAAUGCUCCAAACGCAAAGCGUCGCAAGCUCGACCACUCAUCCUCGAAGGCGGCAAACAUCGACAUGGAAGCGCCGGAGGACGGGAAUGAUGACGAGAGCGAAGAUGAGGGCAAGACCCAAGAUGCAGAUGCCGUCGAUGAGCCAGAAGAUGCCGGGCCGGAGAUGGACGAACAACCACUGGAAGAUGACUCUUCUGAUGGCGAGGAGGAGGCGACGGACCCAUUCGACAUCCACUUUGCUCGCCCUGACGAGGAGAAGAGUGCAAUGUCUGUCAAGGCUGCGAAAUCUGGCGAGUGGACAACAAAGCGGGCUCUGUUCAAGCCCUGGAGGGCCACGUUUCAACAGCCGGGGACGGACGCCAACAUGGAGAUACCAUCGCAUACAACGAGUCUGGAGCCGUAUGGCUUGAAGAAGAAACUCAAGGAAACCGCCGCGAAACAUCUGACAAACCUGAGCGAGGUCGAGCAGGGGAUUGCACCGAUGCUUUUUGGCUAUCGGGAUAUCCUGCAUUGCGAUCGCACAGUCAAGGAUUCACAAGCGCUGCGGCGCAUGGUUUGCUUGCACGCGUUAAAUCAUGUCUUCAAAGACAAGGUCAUCAAAAACAAUUACAAGCUCGCAAAAGAGAGCGACAAUGCGGAGCUCGACCUCCGCGACCAAGGCUUCACACGCCCGAAAGUUCUGUUUUUGCUGCCCACUAGGAAUUCGUGUGCUCGUAUGAUCAACGUGCUGCGCGAUCUGUGCGAGCCUGAUCAGCAGGAGAACAGGAAGCGGUUCGACGAGUCCUACAUUGACAAGCAGAACACGUUCGGCCAGGAUCGGCCCAUUGACUUUAGAGACUUGUUCGAAGGCAACGACGACGACAUGUUCCGCCUGGGCGUCAAGUUUACGCGCAAGACGAUGAAGUACUUUGCGCAGUUCUACAAUUCCGACAUACUCUUUGCGAGUCCCCUGGGACUACGGAUGGCCAUUGGUUCCGAAGAGGAGAAGAAAAAGGUCGACUACGACUUUCUGAGCUCGAUCGAGAUGGUGGUUAUGGAUCAGUCCGACGCCCUCCUGAUGCAAAACUGGGAGCACAUUGAAUUCAUUUUCGAGCACCUGAACCUGCAGCCCAAGGACGCACACGACUGUGAUUUUAGUCGUGUCCGGAGCUGGUACCUGGAAGACUGGGCCAAGUACUUCCGCCAGACCGUCAUCCUGUCGGCAUUCAACACCCCUGAACUCACCGAGCUGUUCCGAACCCGCUGCCAGAACUGGCAGGGCAAGGCGCGCCUGCAGCUGGAGUACGCGGGGAACCUGCAGCAACUCGGCGUCAAGGCCAAGCAGACAUUUUCGCGGUUCCAGGCUCCGUCGCCAGACAAGGACCCCGAUGCCCGGUUCAAGUACUUUACGAGCGCAAUCGUGCCGGGCCUCGUCAAGCGGGCCAAGGACGCGACGGGGACGCUGAUCUACAUCCCAUCCUACCUGGACUUUGUGCGCGUGCGCAACUACUUUGCGAAUGCGCAGGAGGUCCUGAGCCUGAGCUUUGGCGCCAUUUCCGAGUACUCGGACGUUCCCGAGGCAUCGCGCGCCAGGUCACACUUCCUCAACGGCAGGCAUCGUGUGCUCCUCUACACGGAGAGAGCCCAUCACUUCCGCCGGUACCAGCUGCGUGGUGUCCACCGGGUCAUCUUCUACGGCCUACCCGACAACCCCAUCUUCUACAAGGAGAUUGCCGGGGGCUACCUCGGGAAGAGCGAGGAAGAUAUGAGGAUCGAGCCGGGCCAGGGCAGCGUCAGGGUCAUGUUCUCCAAGUACGAUGUAAUGAAGUUGGAGCGGACCGUGGGUUCCAAGAGGGUCGGAAAGAUGAUACAAGACCGUGGCGAUACGUUUGACUUUGUCUAG